AUGGAAAUUAAUAAUGGUAAAACUACUAAAAUUUGGGUAGACAGAUGGGUGAUCAGUCAUGAGUUCAAAUUGGAGCCGCUACAUCCUUAUCAUCUUCAGUAUGAGUAUGUUUGUGAGCUUAUUAUUCAAGGUACUAAUUCAUGGAAUGUGCCUUUUUUGAAUGAUCUAUUCAUUCCAGAGGUGGUUAACAAAAUAGUGAGAAUACAAUUGUCAGUUACGGAAGAAGAUGUCAUCAAAUGGAUGCCAUCGAAAGAUGGUAAUUUCACAGUAAAAAGCGCUUACAACAAGUUGAUGGAACCAAGAAUCCAAAAUCAGAUUGCUAUUAGUGUUGUUCCUCAAGGUAUCUGGAAAUCUUUAUGGAAAAUGAAAUUACCUCAUAGGGUGAAGUUGUUUAUCUGGAAAUGUCUCAAAGACAUAGUGCCAACUAGAGUAUGUCUUUCACAGGAUAUGAAUCCAAUAGAUGUGUCAUGCGCCAUCUGUAAUUCAGAAGCCGAAUCUCUCUACCAUUUACUAGUCUUAUGCAAUCAUGCUAAAGAAGUUUGGCGCAUUCUUAAUGUUAACAUUGAUCGGAUCAUCAUCAACUAUCAUAGUAUUAGAGAAUGGAUCAUGUCAUGGUUUCAAGGAGUCGAGAAUGCUGGAGAUGAUGAUUUAAAAACAUGGAGAUCUUUAUUGAUGGUGGGAUGCUGGAUUAUAUGGAAGGAACGAUGUGAUUGUGUGUUUCAGGAUAAAUCUUUAAACCCUACAGAAACUGCUUCUAGAAUUAACUACACAUUGCUGAGUUAUAAACCUACUAUACACAAUAGUAUAGAUGCACCUCCUGAAAUUACCCAGCAUGAUAAUAAUUUAGUUACUCAUGUUCCAUCUGACACAUUUACUAUAUAUGCAGAUGCUUCUUAUGAUGAGUUAACUAAUGAUUGUGGUACUGGUAUGGUACUGUGUAAUAUUGCAGGAAAACACACAGGGAUCAAAGGAACCUAUGCAGCUGGGAUACUAGAUGCAAAGUCUGGUGAAUGCAUGGCUAUCAGAGAAGCACUAAGUUGGGCCAAAGGGAUGGAUCUGGAAAAGAUUCAAAUCAUUUCGGAUUAUGAAAUAGUGGUUAAAACUCUUAAUAACGUUGCUCUACUAACAAGAUGGGAGAACAGAAAGUUAUUCAGAGACAUAAAACAAUUAUCAACUUCUUUUCAGUUUUGUCAUUUUAGUUUUAUUCGUAGAGAUGAGAAUCAAAUAGCUGAUCUCAUAGCUAAGAAAGUCAGGAAGGAAAAGAUUGUAAUUGAGGAUUACAGUAGUACUGCCUCUGGUUUUGAAAGUCUGUUAUCCAGGAAUUUUAAUCCUGAAACUCCUUAA